GCUCAGCCCCUCCCUCCAACCCACCUACCCCGGGCCGUUGGUUGGGCGCAAAGUGGGCGUUCGCGGCCCUGAGAGGCUUGUGCGGCGGCGGCGGCGGCGGCGACCCGGCCCGGCCCGGCCAUGGGGAAGAAACACAAGAAGCUCAAAUGCGAGUGGCGCUCGUACGACGGUUUUAUUGAUAAGCCCUCUGAAAAGCCACUUAAGUUAGUGCUGAAAGUGGGAGGAAGUGGUACUGAGCUUUCUGGCUCUGGCCAUGAUUCCAGUUAUUAUGAUGACCGAUCUGAUCAUGAGCGGGAACGGCAUAAAGACAAGAAAAAGAAGAAGAAAAAGAAGUCUGAGAAAGAAAAACAUAUUUCAGACGAAGAGCGUAGAAGAAGAAAGGAAGAGAAGAAGCGAAAACGUGAAAAAGAGCACUUAGAUAGUGAAGCUGAUGCUGACGAGUUUGACCCUGGCAAAAGGAUUGAAGUUGAGCCCCCAACAGAUCGACCUGUCCGGUCGUGUAGAACUAAAGAACAAGCUGAAAGUGAGAAUACACCUCUGCAGCAAUUAUUGGAACAUUUUUUACGCCAGUUACAAAGGAAAGAUCCUCAUGGAUUUUUUGCAUUCCCUGUUACGGAUAGUAUUGCACCUGGUUAUUCUAUGAUCAUAAAACAUCCGAUGGAUUUCAGCACCAUGAAGGAUAAAAUUCUAGCAAAUGAAUACAACUCCAUUACAGAAUUCAAGGGUGAUUUUAAGCUGAUGUGUGAUAAUGCAAUGACUUACAACCGACCUGAAACAGUGUACUACAAAGCAGCAAAGAAGUUGCUUCACACUGGAUUUAAGAUGAUGAGUAAAGAGCGUCUGUUAGCUUUGAAGCGCAGCAUGACAUUCAUGCAGGAGAUCGAUUUUUCUCAGCAGGCAGCACUAUUAGGCGACGAAGAUGUAGCACAAGAGGAAACUGUUGCAGAAGUCAUGAUAGUACCUGUCGAAGCAACAACCAAAAAAUCCAAGAAGCAAAGUAAAGAGGUCAUAAGCUACUUGUACGAGCCAGAAGGAAAUGCAUGCAGUUCAACGGACAGCACAGCUGAGGAACAUGUCUUAGCGUUGGUGGAACAUGCAGCGGAUGAAGCCCGAGAUCGAAUCAGCAGAAAUGCUGCUAAUUCCAAGAUUGGCUACCUCAAAAAGGAUGGUGACGGUCCUUUGCUCUUUGCUGUUGUAAACCAAUCUGAUCCAGAGACAGAAGAGGAAGAGGUUCACCCGGUGGAUCUGAGUUCCCUUACCAACAAACUCCAACCAGGUAUCAAUACAAUGGGUUUUAAGGAUGAUAGGAGAAAUAAAGCUUUAUCAGUUACUUAUCUCAACUGUGUGUAUACUGCACAGUCCAUCCAAAACAACACCAUCUUCCCAAAUCUUACUCCAGAAGAGACAGAACUGCUGUAUUCUACAUAUGGAGAAGAGACUGGGGUGCAGUGUGCCUUAAGCCUGCAAGAGUUUGUUAAAGGUUGUGGAAGCUCCACAAAGAAAAUGGUUGAUGAUUUGUUGAAUCAGAUCACAGCAGGGGAACAUUCCAAAGCUGUCUACCACUUGUCACAAAAAAGAAAUAUUGAGCAAAAAAUAAGUAAAGAUACCAAAAUGAAUCUCGAUGAAGUCCAGGCCCCAGCAAUUUUUAUAAAAGAGGAACCCAAGAUGCAACCUGUUUGUCCAGAGAUAUCUAAACCGAUAAUGGCUGGAGGGGCAAAUGGCAGCUCUGGUGACAACCGAGCUGGCCUGGAUUUCAUUCCAGUGAAGUCUUAUUCUGACGUCUCCUUAGAUAUUUCUUUAUUGAACUCACUAGGGAAAGUAGUGAAGAAGGAGCCCGAUCACGAUGAUAACCAGAGAAAUCUAGAUGAGACCACCAAGUUGCUACAGGAUUUACAUGAGGCUCAGACAGAACGCGUCGGUUCCCGACCUUCCUCAAAUCUCAGUUCAAUCUCCAGCAACUCCGACCGUGAGCAGCAUCACCUAGGGAGUCCUCAUAACCUGAGUGUCGGAGAACACCGGGACAUAGUUCAAGACUUCCGUGAAUUUCUUCAGUCUCCGAGAAAUACAGCUGCGGGCAACCUGAACAGAAAUAAUGAAAACCCCUAGAUUUUUCUCGUAGUGAAAGUAAGCUAUUUUGCCAAAUGAAAGAAUAGAUCUCACAAAAGUCCCAAGAGUUAGAGGAAAGAGUGUUUCCAGUAGUUUUCCAAUGCAACAUGACAAUUUCCUACGUUGACAUCUACUGCAACAGGAGAUCUCUUGUUUAGUGUGAAGUGAAUGGACACAAUGUAUUAGAUCAUAUAAUCAUGAUCAUGUCUGGCACGCGGCAGGCUAAGUGGAAUCGGAAAUGGUCUCUUCCUUUUGACUAGUAGACAUGUUGUUGCAGGUUUCAAAAUCUGUACAGUUUUUAGAAAAAGCUUUGUAUAUAGAACGUGUUUCUUGUUGGCAAUUGUAUGCAUUUUUAUACAUCUGUUCACCCUUUACAAGCAUUCUUGAGGAUAAUGGCAUCACAAUGGAAAAUAUUAAAUUGGAUACCAUUUUCUUCCCCUCCUGUAAACCCUCACAACAAAACCUAGAGGGGUUCCAGAUAAUAUUUUAAAGUGCUGCUCCAAACAAUGUCAAUAUUUGCAAAUAUUGCAGUGAAUUACAGUACUGGAAAAGUAAGCCUAAAGAAUAAUGACAACAACUGUCUUACUGAUACUUCAAGAGUGAAACUAAAUUACAGCUUCUGUAGUAAUUUGUUUCAGCGUGUGUUUAUGGUGAUUUUUAAAAUAAUAAUAUACUGAUGGAUGUGCUAAUAUAGACAACGAUCGUUUUUAAGAGAAGAUUUUAACUAGUUUGUUUAAAUUGUGAUGGACUUUCAAAUAUGGUUAGUAACAGAUUUUACACUGUUUUAUAAACUCCCGUUACUACAAGGUGCCGAUGAUCUGAGAUUGAUAACUGCUGUGAUGCUCUUCUUCGAUUAUCAUUCACUUACCAUUUCAAUGUUUAACCUCUUUCAGGCUAUGAAGCCUCAAGACCAUGCAUAAUAAAAGGUGAUUCACCCAGAUUUGUGCAAUGGAACUCCUGCAGACAGCAACUAUACUAGAAUUGACUGAGUUAGAGAGUACACUUGUAAACAAGCCUUUCUGCGCUUAAUUUAAAUGGAAGUAGCCUUUUAUCAUAAUUUCUAACAUGAUAUUUACUGGACUAUCAUUCAGAUUCACAAAUAUCAUCACUAUAUCUGUGUUUCAAAUUUCAAGCACAGUUUGUGGUUUCACAAUAACCUAUAGUUUUAAUGAAGUCAAUACUUAACACGAGGUUUAUUUACCAUAAUGGUGAUAUUUUGUAUUGUGUGGUUAAAUUCACAUAUAACAAUGGAGUUUUGUUUUUCUGGGGCUGUGCUAAUUCAUUGGUUUCAAUGUUCCAGUGAGCGGCAUAGACAAGGUAUUGUACAUAGGCGAUACAAGAUCAGAAGCACAUAUUAACCAAGCAGGAUUAAAAUAUUGCACAAGCUAUGUCACACAUGCCAACAAUGUUAAGAUAACACUCUUAUGAAUAAUAGUUUUUAUUUAAUAAAUAUACAGAAUUAGAAUUUGUUGUGGACGUGUACAGAAUUUAUAAUAGGCUAUGAUACAUUUUCCCGUUUUACCUGAAUAAUAUUUGACGGCAAGCUAUCACUAAAUGUUAAACCAGAACAAAACAAUAUUUAAAGUAAAAGUUUAUGCAAUGAAAUAUUGAAUUUUAUACAAGAUUUUGUCAAUGUAGUUUGACUAAGACCAAAUUGUUAUGAUGAUGAAAUUUACUGUGUGUCUUUUUUUUGUUGCAGAAAUUCUGUUUUCUGUUGCGCUAUGCGGUCAGGGUACAGGUUUUUUUAAUUUAAAUGCAUGUUAUUUUAUCUGAUUUGCAUCAUUCAAGUUAAGCUGCUUUUGUAAAUAUUUGAUUUGACAAAGUUAGCUUUUAAAACAGUGCAAUACUGUUACUGUAAAAUGCAGAGAAUACUUAAAACUCUAUACUAUUCACACCUGAUUUUCUAUUAUUCCUAUGGUAUUGCAUUUGGAAAAUUAACUAAUGAAUAGAAUUUUAUACCAAUUUUAGAACUAAAUGUUUCAAUCCAAAUUAAUUUAAAAUUAAUUAAACAACAUUUUCUUCAUUGUAGGAAGCUUUCUUUCAAAUUGCUGCUUUUUUAAACAUAAUCUGUCCAUACAAAGCUAAUGACUGAGUCUUGUGUUUAAAGGUAGGCAAUUUACAAAGUAUUUAAGCUAAUGUGGCUCUGGUAAUCAUUACACAAAUGCUUUAGAAUCAGAACAAUGACCUACUCUGAUCAUCUAUGGUUAUUGAAUCUUUAAGGGAUUGUUGUGCAGUCAGACGUGUCCUCUUGGAGCUGUGUAUUAAACAGUUUCGAUUAAAUGGUGCAUGGAAAGAUUCCAUGGCACUAUCAUGGAUUUUUUCAGCAUUUGUCCAAAAAUUAUCCUUCACCAAACUCUAAAGCAUAUUAAUUGAUUAUUUAUCUCAUUGCUGUUUGAAGGAUAUCCAAUGCACAACUUUUCAGCCACGUUUGCUUGUGUAAGAAUGGUGACCGCUUUUCAAAUAAAUGUAAUUGGCUUCUCAGUCCUGAAAGUAUGAAUGACAUUGUGUAAAUGCAAUUUUAUCUUCUAAAUUAGAUUUACAAUGAUCAUGACUGAUUUUCAGUUGUAUAAUCUGUUGCUGAAAAAUAAAUGUUUUCAUGCAUUUAUUUCUUCCCUUCCUCUGUACUUGUUCUGUAACAGGAUGUGGUUUAGUCUUUUACUGUAUUUUUAAAUGCACAGCAAAUGAAUUCCACUUUUUUCAAGGACGGAGUUUAAUCAGUAGAUAUCUCAAUGUCUAAAUUACAUUGCUGUCUACUGUCUGUUUCUGAAAGAAGGCUGCUAAUGCUGUUUUUGUGAAGGCAAGUUGUAAAUAUGGAAUAAACUAUAUACAUGUGUUGGUAA